AUUUUAUCAAAUGUUUUUGAAAACAGCAUUGUAUUCAGAUUAUCAAGCAAAAAAAACUUUAGGAGGGAAUGUGAAAUCCUUCUCUGCAGCUGACGGGAUUUUCCAAAAAGGAUGACAACAGGAUUUUACAGUUUGUGAGCAGGAAGUAACCACCACAUUUUGUCACUCAUGGUUCAACAGCUCCUUUCAGCACACUUUUAUGGAGUUUGUGAGAAACAGCAGUGGCUAUUGCCCAGCACAACAUAGCAUCUUUGCAGACAAGUAAAUCUAAGCAAGAACCUGAAGACUACCAUUUUGGAUUGACCAUCAAGUUUAAAAAAAAAAUCCAAGUGAUAAGAGACUUGGCCUGUUCGGUAUCACUAGUUGCAUUCUAAUUGUUUUGCAAUGCAUCUCCAAAUGGGGUGACUGAACUGUUGAAUGUAAGAAGCAUUUGUAGUUUGAAGGAGAGCAAAUAAGAAAAAGCGGAAAAAGGGACUGAUUUUAUAAACAAAGUUUAAAGAAUAAUAUUUUGCUCUUGUGCUACAAUAAGAAACCUACAAUUGUAUGAAGACAGCGCACAUAGAUUAAAUUGGAGGUACUAAGAUCAUUUACAGACCUUGUGCCAAGAUACUUCUGUGCCACCGGUUUCCAAUCCAAUGGCUCGCAUGAAUCGCCCUGCACCCGUGGAAGUUUCUUACAAACACAUGAGAUUUCUCAUUACACACAAUCCAACAAAUGCCACAUUGGGUGCAUUUGUAGAGGAGCUAAAGAAGUAUGGUGUAACAACUCUUGUGAGAGUAUGUGAUACCACGUAUGAUAAGAAGCCAGUGGAGAAUGAGAGUAUUGAAGUGAUAGAUUGGCCAUUUGAUGAUGGUGAUCCACCUCCAAGCAAAAUUGUGGAUGAUUGGCUAACUUUACUUAAAACAAAGUUUUCGGAACAACCUGGAAGCUGUGUAGCAGUCCAUUGUGUUGCUGGCCUUGGGCGGGCUCCUGUACUGGUAGCAGUUGCUCUUAUCGAAUGUGGAAUGAAGUAUGAAGAUGCCAUUCAAUUCAUCAGAGAGAAACGCAGAGGUGCCAUCAACAGCAAACAACUCUCGUACUUGGAAAAAUAUCGGCCAAAGAUGAAACUUCGUUUCAAGGACCCUAAUAAUCACAAGAAUUCUUGUGCCAUCGUAUAAACUUGAACACUUUCAGCUAACAGUGGUUUACAGUGAUUUUUAUAUAUUAAAAAAAAUUAAAUGCCA